GCUAACCCUUACUCUACAAUACAUAUCUUUGGUCCCCACUAUGAAGGAGUCCUUCUCAAGGGCAGAAGGGGAGAUUAUUCUACCGUUAUUAGGGGCAAAUUCAGGAUACUAGUAUAGAGUGAGCCGAACACUAUCAAACUGACAGACUUGAAUGUCAUUUUUCUAUAUUAUAUGUUGCACUAAAUAUUAAGAGUUUUUUUCCGGCCAUGACCUAAGUAAGCCCGAGCCUAAAUUCUCAGGAUCCAAUAAUAAUUAAGCACUUGAACAAUGAAUGAAUGGUGAAAGGGUUAAAAGCUAUACUACUUUCCUAUCACUAUAAAAUGUUCUAGUACCAAUGGCUUACUCACCCCACUAAUUCAUUUUUAUUGGAAAACUUGAAAGUAAAUAUAUUCAAAAAAUGGAUUCUUUAUCUUCUUCCUUUCUCUCAUCAAUGCCCCAAACAAAGGUCCCUAAUAUUGUAAAUACACAUUCAUCAUCAAAUCCUCGAGUUCACAUUUCUGCAGUAAGAAUUGAAGAUAAGCCGGAGGCGGCCAUAAGUACGUCACCUAGACCCACCAGACCGUCUAGAUCACCUACAUCCCCGAAUACUAAGGACCGACAAACACCGUUGCCUCAACCUCCUACUACUGAUACUCAGCCAAAAACUAUUCCUUCUUCACUGAAACCAGUGACAGUAAGGAGUUACAAAACACAACCUUCACCACCCAAAAUCUCACUCCCAUCGACAUUUUUGAAUACUAUAGAUGACAUAAUAAAUAAGUUCAUCGAUCCUCCCACUCGUCCAUCUGUUGAUCCAAGAUUUGUCCUUACGGAGAACUUUGCACCAGUGGAGGAGCUCCCUCCGACAGAAUGUGAGAUUGAAGAGGGUGUCCUGCCAUCAUGCCUUGAUGGGGCCUACAUCCGGAAUGGCCCUAACCCACAAUUCCUUCCUCGUGGGCCUUACCACCUAUUUGACGGGGAUGGUAUGCUCCAUAGCAUUCGAAUUAGUAAUGGCAAGGCCAUACUUUGUAGCCGCUAUGUCAAGACAUAUAAAUAUACGAUUGAGAAGGAGGCAGGACACAGUGUCAUUCCCAAUGUCUUUUCUGGGUUUAACGGCCUUAUUGGUUCUGCAGCUCGGGGGACAAUGACUGCUGCAAGGUUCAUUGCUGGACAGUUCAACCCAAGCAAUGGUAUCGGGUUAGCCAAUACUAGUCUAGCGUUCUUUGGAAACAAGCUCUAUGCACUUGGUGAAUCAGAUCUUCCGUAUGAGGUAAAAUUGACUCCAAAUGGAGAUAUUCAAACUGUUGGUCGAAAUGAUUUUGAAGGAAAGCUCUUCAUGAGCAUGACUGCUCACCCAAAGACCGAUCCAGACACAGGGGAGGCAUUUGCAUUCCGUUAUGGUCCUGUACCACCAUUUCUCACCUACUUCCGAUUCAACUCCAAUGGAAUCAAACAGGCAGAUGUGCCCAUCUUCUCAAUGUCAAGCCCCUCAUUCCUCCAUGAUUUUGCCAUCACAAACAAGUACGCAAUUUUUCCUGAAAUUCAGAUCGGGAUGGACCCUGCUGAAAUGAUCUUGAGAGGGGGAUCCCCCGUGGGUUUAAACCCUGCUAAGAUAUCAAGAAUUGGAGUGAUUCCAAGGUAUGCCAACGAUGAGAAGGAUAUGAAAUGGUUUGUGGUGCCAGGGUUCAAUAUUAUUCAUGCCAUCAAUGCAUGGGACGAGGUAGACGAGGAUGGAAACGAAUACAUAGUCUUGGUGGCUCCCAACAUGAUAUCUGCCGAGCACACAUUAGAGCGAAUGCACCUCGUCCAUGCAUUAGUGGAGAAGAUCAGGAUUAAUCUCAAUACUGAGGUCGUAUCCAGACAGCCACUGUCAGCUAGAAACCUAGACUUUGCAGUAAUAAAUCCUAAUUAUGUGGGAAAGAAGAACAACUACAUCUACGCAGCAGUUGGGGAUCCAAUGCCAAAAAUAACAGGAGUAGUUAAAAUGGAUGUGAGGGUGGCGCAAGAUCGAAGAGAAUGUGUAGUGGCAAGCCGGAUGUUUGGGCCAGGGUGCUAUGGCGGUGAGCCAUUUUUUGUCGCAACCAAUCCAGAUGAUCCUAACGCGGAAGAGGAUGAAGGAUACCUUGUCUCCUAUGUUCACAAUGAGAACACGGGCGAAUCAAGAUUCCUAGUCAUGGAAGCCAAGUCACCUAAUCUCGAUGUUGUUGCCUCCGUGAAGCUACCUCAACGUGUGCCUUACGGCUUCCAUGGAUUGUUUGUAAGGGACAAAGAUCUUAGCGGGUUGUAGGACAUCCUUACCCUUCAAAAAUAUUCUACUAACAUCAUAUUUUUAGUUUAUAGCUAUACAUGUAUAAAUUAUUAGCUUUGGUAUCUCACAGAAUUUGUGUAAUUAUUUGUCAUUGUACUUAUGGAGAACACAAAUGUAAAAUACUAUAGGAUUGUGUUUGGAACGAGUAUUUCAUUUCAAAUUGUUGAUUUUAAUUAUGAAAUUAUAAAUGAAGAACUUGAUAAUUCUCAAA